AUGGGCCAAAAACGUGGCAGGGGGACGGGCUGCUGCUUCGUGGCCCAGGACACGGACUGCGGGCUUUGGCUGCGUGCCGGCCCCCGCGACAGGAUCCGCUUCCAGUUCCGCUUCUUCCUGGUCUACAACCUGACCUCGGCGUCUCGGGCACCCCAGGAGCCCAAGGCUUCCACCCCAGCAUCGUUGUCCAACGCCUGCGCCCCUGGUUCCUACCUGCAGUUCUAUGUGGGUCCGCCAGGAGUGCCCUGGCCCCGGGGCACCCCUCUCUGAGGCCUGACCAUCCCCGCCCCGAUGAGGUCCACCAGGGAGUUCCUUGGCCUGCGCCUGGUCACCAGAGGUCGCCAGCCCCACGUGGACUUCGUGGGAGAAGUCACCUCUUUCCGUUUGGGCUCCCGUGGUCCCGAUUUCCGCUGUCGGAAUAGCAGGUACAUCCCCCUGAGUCUGGUGUGCGAUCUCUGGGGCAUGGACAACCGUGGCGAUGGCAGUGACCAGGCUUCCUGGCCACCAGGCAACUGCAGAGGUCCCUCUCCGAUGCUCAGCCUGGAGGGGAGUACAGAGGCUGGUACCUCCAGGCCCCCGACUGUCUCCCUAGCUCCCGGGUCAGCAGGUUCCCGGCUACAGAAGGUGGCGCUGGCCUCCUCGCUGCUCCUGGCCUCUGCUGGCCUCCUCACUGGCCUCCUCUGGUGCUGUUGCUCCUCCAGCCAGCUGGCCCAGAGGGCUGGUGCCGUGGCCUCUGCUUUAGCUGCACCAUCUGCCACACAGGUCCUGGCCAGGUGGCCCCUGGUGGACUGCAGCCGAUUGGCACUAAAGAGCUUUUGCUACCCAGAGGAGGGUGGCAAAGGCCAUUGCGACGCCCUCUGCUCCUAG